AGUAUCCAUAACCCGAGCUAAUGUUUUCGUUUGACAGAAGGUUUAAAGCAUCAGAUGUCUCGAGCUCAGUCAUGAAAGGGGCACCGAAUUUCUGUACUGUAUAUGCAAUUUCCAGAGGGAAAAUCUCGUCGGCGAGAACAGCUACGUGUUCACCUCCGAGAACACCUGUACAACAACAAUUACAGGCUCAGCCUAGCAACAGGGUCAAUAUAAGCUACCCCAAGCCUUCCAGUAAUCCUAGAGCUGAAAGGAUACAACACUCAACACAAAGAAUGCAGGACGAGUUGGAGAUCAGGUCAAUUUUCAGCAGAAAGGGAUUUGAAGGCACAUACCAGCCCCCGGUAACAGAUUCUGACAUAUCAUUUGUGAGCAGUGGAAGGACAAGCAUGGAUCAGAUGUCUCAUCCCUUCUCUGACAAUCUGGAAGCUGGAACAACUCCCACCCGGCUCUCAACCUGCAGCUCUGAGUUUGAUGACAACAUAUGGUGCAGAACCGGAUUAACUCCCACCCGGCUCUGCAUGAGCCCUGAGUUCGAAGACAACAGAUGGGGCAGAACUGGAUUGACUCCAAAUCGUCUCUCAACCAGUUCAGAGUUUGAAGACAGCAGAUGGAGCAAGCCACCUGUUUUCACUCCGACCCGGCUCUCAACCAGCUCUGACCUUGAAGACAACAGAUGGAACAAAGCCGGAAAUACUCCCCCCCGGCUCUCAACCUGCUCUGAGUUCGAAGACAACAGGAGCAGUUUUGCUGCAUCAUACACGUCAGAAAAACAGUCUAUAGAUCUUGGUUCAUCAUAUCCAGAUUUCUCUUCAAGCUCACUGGAAAGUGGUGGAAUCUCAUGGUCAAUCCAGAGCCCGGUAAGGACGUACCAGAGCUCAGAGCAUUAAACAUAGUUUGUAAUUA